ACCAAACUCAACGCCGGCUGCUUUUGUUUUUAAACGUUUUUAAAAAAAAAGUGAAAUUUAUAAAUAAUUUUAAGCGGGAAAUACACACACCACCUCACCAUGGCACAAGCGACAAUACCAGAAAAUCUAAAUACCCGCCUGCUCACGGUACUCAGUUUGCCGCUGAUGGACCGCCUGCACGAACUGACCAUUCUGUUCGAUCGCUGCUCCGUGCGGCAGAUCCAGGAGGUAUUCCCGCACAUCGUGCACUCCAUGUUCGGGAUCAAUGGCAAUCCCCUGGGCUGGGGACUGCGUACAACAACGCAGGAGAACAGUCCCAUGUACUUCCAGGCGUUGAAUCAUUUCUUCGGCGUGUGCGGUCCUUGGAUGCACCUCUGCCACCGUCUGCUGGCCGACCAAUACAAGUUCGAACUGGACAUUAACCUGCUGCCGGGCAAGUUCGUUGCCAUGCUUCAGGCUGGUCAGAACUCCAUGUUCUAUGCAGAUCUAAUCAACAUUGACCCAAUGCGGCAUCAGGUGGCCACGCUCUCUCUGAAUGCCUUCGAUUUCUACGUCAUUCACUUUGUGCUGCACGCCCUGCAACCGUUGCACUCCAUCAAUCCCAUUGCCAUGCAAAUCCACAACGUGCGAUGCAAGACGAUCUAUCUGAAGCUUGUGGCCGAGUAUCUUAGCAACUUUCUGCCCCUGGUUCCAGAUGCCCGCAUCGAGCCCGUGCACUUUAGCACCGGAGUGAAGGCACCACAGCCGCUACCCACUCAGGCCUUGCAGCCCCAGAGGCAGCCACGAUACAUCAGGAUCCCUAGCUCUUAUCGUAACGGGGGAAACGUUUCCGGUGGAGGUGUAAGUCCUAAUACCAGUGGUGGCAGCGGGAACACCUCGCCCCAGUCCAGCAGUGCUAAUGCCUGCUCUGCUCGGGCUUACGCGUGGCGAUCCGAGUCCGUGCUACACUUCUUCGUGGAUAUCUGGCUGCGGUAUGAUAUUGAGUCGGAGCAUCACUUGCCUGGCAGCGAUUUUGUGCGUGGCGUUCGCACCCUAGUCAAGCAGAUCCACUUCUUCGCCAAUGGAGCUCAGCUGGAUCAUAGUUCACUCUGCACGCUGCGCAAAGUGUCGCUUAGUAUGGUGAGGGCGAGGAUCUUAGCCUUCCUGUGCGGUUUGAUCGACCGCUGGCCCCUGGAUAGCUCUUUAAUGGUGGUGCUGGAGCUCUGGCUAAGCUACAUCCAGCCCUGGAGGUACACCAUGUCAGCCCUGGACCACAAAAUAGCGGGUAGCCUUUCGUACAGACCGCCCAUUUCCUCCCACUUUGAUUCCUUCAUUAUCGAAAACCUUAUCGUGUACACCCACAUCUUUGCCGUACUGUUGCCUCACUUUGAGCGUUUGGAUUUCACAGUCUAUCGUAAUGCCUUUAUGCUGUACCGCCUGGCGACCAUGUUUGCUCAACACGAUCUUGUGGAGCGACUACAGCGGUACGAGCGCCAGCAUGCCGGCAACGCCUAUGGCUUCGACUCACCUCAACGCCAAGUCCACAUGUUGAACAAAUCCCACUCACCCGGCGCCCAAUGGAAUAGCGUGGUCCCUGCCUCCCAUACAGCCAAACUGUUUAGUCAGCCCAUGCAAAUGCAAAUACAGAAGUUCCUGUAUGAGAUUAGUAUGGCCCGUAACUCGGUGCUGCGGGAAAUUGCUGGGUUGCGAAAUGCGAUUGCUGAAAGGCAGCGUUCGGAUGGAUUCCUCAAGAACAUUUUCAACAAGCUGUUCCGCGACAUCAGCCAGGACGAGGUGACUUUGCGCGAGUUUAGUCGCAUUCCGGAGGUGCUGCGCCAGUGCAUCGACGCUUUCUGUCGCACGUUUAAUGUGGAUCAAGCCAACCUUUCUAUGCAUGAGACCCUGCCAGUGGAGCCAUGCCCACCCGCCUCCUCUACGCUGCAAAACUUUAGUUUCUUCGACACCAGCGACUCACUGGACACCUCUAAGCUCAAUCCACACCAAAUGUCGCUCAAUGCCUCCAAUAUGCAGCCCAUUAUCGAUCCCGCCUUGCUUCCGAUCCAAACGAAUGAGUUGAGACCUGUGGUGAGGAUACUGCACAUAAUCUCUGACAGCAUUAACAAGAGAUACGGCAGACAGAUCCAAGCAUUCUACUUGCGCAACGAUUACUGUGGAAAGGUUGCAAGGCAACUUCUGUACGCACCCAUGACGGAGCAGUGGUUCGACAAGAGCACCGGAAACGCGGAUAUGCGGGAGAAGCUGGUUCCCCCGAGGCUUUGCCUGCGUCCACUGGGCUCGUUUCCUGUUCUUGCGACGAUCUUUUGUGCCGUGAUCCUUGGCAAGUUGCUUUGGGGCUCCUCAAUCACUGGAGUGAUGCUUCUCUGCUCAAUACUAAUGGUCUAUGUCUUGUUUCUGGCGCUGUUUUCUUAAUUUUCUAGACUUUAUAAUUUCAUCAUUGCGUGUAGUUGUGACAUUUAUAUAUUUUGUAUAAAACUAAAGAAACUACGAUUACAA